AUGUAAAACUAAGUGGAUCUAGACAUAGACACAGGUCAGUUUGAUACUAUGGAGAGGGACUUUUAGGAGGUCUUACGUGAUUUAGGCACUGAUUAAAACUUAGAGAGAUUCAGAUCUGAGUUUGAUAAACUUUAUCGUUCGCUGAAAAUCAUUCACGAGAAUCAAAGGCGAUUGAUCAGCAAAUGUAGAGAGUACAAUGCUGAAAUCUCUUAAAAUGCAUCCAAAGUAUUUACUCACUUAACAUUAGAUUCAAACUGUUUUAAAAAUGACCGCUGACGAUUCUGCUGCUAUCUAAUAAUUGAAAACGCAAUUAGAAAAAGCAUAUAAAGUGUUGGAAAUUCAAUAAGAGAGGGAGGAGAAGCAUAAAUAAAAGAUUAAAAUCUAAGAAAAUGAAAUCAAGUAAUUGUUAUGCCAUAAUGUAGACAACUCAAUCAAACCAUUGAAUAAAGCAAGGCUUUAAAUUCAGGAUAGACUACAACUGUGCAUGAGUUAUUGUAAAGAAAGUAAGAACUUUUGAAAGAAAAAGAAAUUCUGUAGAUUUAAGUAUUUGGGACUAGAUCGGAGAAUUAAUCCAUUUUGGAUAGAAUUAAAUCAUUGGAGACUUCCAAGGAAUCAGUUAUGAAGGAAUACAAAAUAUUAUAGCAAUAAAAGGCUGAAUUUGAGGAGAGAUUGCAAAAGGAUGAGGAGGCAAAAAAUGUAACUUAAGCAGAAUUGGAGAAGAUUAAAAAGGAUUUUGAUUCAUUGAAGGAGGAUGAAAAGUAAUUGGGAAAUGAGAAGAAGAAAUUAAAAAGUGAAAUUGAAAAAGUGACUUUAUAAAACAGUGUAAAAACUAAAGAAAUUGAAAAUUUCAAAUCGGAAAAGAAUAGAGUGGAAAAAGAAUUAAAGGAUACUAAGGAUAAGAAGGAUUCAGUGGUCAAAAUAAACGAAUAAAUUGAAGAGAAAAUCAGGGAUACUAGAUUAUAGAUCGAAGUAUUUGAAACUGAAAUUGCAUAACUACAUUAAAAAAUAAGUGAAGGGGAGGAGAAAAAGAAGAGAAUGACAGAGUUAGUGAAGGAAUAAGAAGAAUUGGCAGAAAGAAUUGAAGAGGAGAAGCAAUUGGCUAAUAAUGGGUUAAAUUAAUUGGAGGAUGACAUCCAGAUAGAAAGAAAGAAAGCCUAAGAUGACAGACAAGUGAUUGAAGAUUUAAGAAGAGCUAGAAAUAUUCUAUAAAAGGAAAUUGAUAGAUGUGAUAAUAAUAAUAAGAAAAUUGAAGAAGAUUUCAUUGCUAAAUAAAAAUAUUUAAGUGAAAAGUAAAAUGAAUUAGGAGGUUUACAAAAGAAAAUUGAUUAUCUCAAUAAGAAGAUUGCAAAUGUUGAAAAAGAAACAGAAUAAUAAUGUUUACAAUUUUCAUAAGCACAAACUAAGUAUUUUCAUUCUUUAGAUGAAAUUAAAUUGAAAGAUUCAUUAAUCAGUGAAUUCUAAAAAAAGAAUAUUGAAACUGAAGCCAAAUUAAAAUAAUAAUAGAAUCUUUAUGAAACUGUCAGAAGUGAUAGAAAUCUGUAUUCAAAGAAUUAUACAGAAAAACAAUAAGAAAUUGAAAAAAUGAGACGAAGCUAUAAAAUAGUCAAUCAUUAGAUUUCACAAUUAAAAGAAGAGAUUGAGGCCAAGGGAAAUGCAUUAGCAAAGGAACAUUUAGAACAUAAAAAAAAAGAUAAAACAAUCGAAGAAUAAUCUAGAGUAUUGGAAAAGUAUAAAACAGAUAUCGAUGAAAAGGCUGAAAAGAUUAAUAAAUAUAUAAAAAGAGUUGACAAAUUGCAGUUUACAAUUAAAGAUGAAGAAUAAUAGAUACAGAAUCUCAAAGAAGAAUUUGAAUUGGUUGUAGCAGAAAGAGAUAUCUUGAGUACUUAACUCAUAAGAAGAAUUUCAGAAACUAAUCUACUUUAUGAAAAAAUCAAAAUUAAUGAAAGUACUCUUAAGAAAGGAGAAUAAUAAUAUAGAGAAAGACUGGGAGAUAUUUAAAUGUUGAAAGAAAAGAUAGCUGAUUAUAAAAGGGAAAUUAAGGUCUUUAAAAGGGAAGCUGAUACAAUUAAAGAUUUAGAAGGAGAUAUACACAACCUUACAAAAGAGUUAACAGAGGAGAAGCUGAAAGCUAAGGCUUUGACAGAAGAAUUAGAAAAUCCAAUGAAUGUACAUAGAUGGAGAAAAUUGGAAGCCACUGAUUCUGAAAAUUAUGAAUUAAUGACCAAAAUCCACAGUCUACAAAAGAGACUCAUCCAAAAAACAGAGGAAGUUGUUAUUAAAGAAAAGGUAGUAGAGGAGAAGGAGAAGGAAUUGAAAGCUUUGAAGGAUGAAAUGAAACGCAAACCUGGAUUAGAAGAUUAGGCAAUGAUACCAUAUUAUUAAGAUAGUCUUAGAUAGAAAGAAGAAUAGAUGAAAGCAAUGGAUUAGGAAUUGAGUAUGUAUCAAUCACAUAUUAAUGAAUAUAAAUUAGAAAUAGAUAGAAUUAAUAAAGUAAUUAUUUCAUUUAUUUUCAAAGGAAUUACAAAGGGUCAAAUAGAAGUACUUUAAUUAAAAGAAAAGAGAAUAGUAAUAAAGAGAUCUUCGUAUAUAAGAAGAAUAAGGAUAGUCAAUCUAAGUAAUCUUACCAGAGAAAAAGUAUGUGGGUGGUGGUUUUGCUUUAUAAAAAUGAAAUAUCG